AUGCCACCCAUCCCUGAAAACGGGAUGUGCUACCCGCCUUCCUCGUCAGGCUAUCAACCUCUCGACUUCCACGAUGACGUCGAAUGUUUUGACUCGGCGCAACGCCGCGUAGCUCAACGGACGUUCGCAUUCUCGCCGUACCGCUCGCAAGCUAACGAUGCUAGUGAUCUGCUCAAGACGUUCCUCUUGGAUACGCGCCGGCAUGAUGCACCCUCGAAGCAGCUCUACCUGCGAAUCACUUGUGGCAGUGCCAAGUAUGUCGACCUGCCACUACCGGCGAUGGGGUUGCAGGAUUCGUUGCCCUUUGCGCUCGCAGACGAUGUGCCGUGCUUUCGCGGGCUUUCUGGUGCAAGCAAAAUGUCGUGGGCUGGACGACUACGGGAAGUCGGGCGCAAAUUUAUAGGGAGGUCCGCAUCGAUAUGUGGUGAUCAGUGUGAAUUGCGAACAUGCGACAGUGCGGCGUUGCAAGUGUGGAAUGCUUCGCAGCGUAAACCCCUGUACGCAAGCCCAGAAGAGAUCGAGAGAUAUCACAAACGUCUGCGGACAACAAGAUUACCACCCUGGACACCAUUGAAUGACGAAUUCCUGCCUCGGCACCGCUCGAGCCAAUCCUCAACAGAAUUGAAUCCGGAAGAGGAAGUGGAUAGGGUAUUCGACGCGUCUGCCUCCGUAGGCGACUUGGACCUGUCAUCCGUCUUCGCGAGAACACGCGAGCGCAAGACGUCGCGCUUGAUAUCGUCUGGUCUGCAAGAGGCGAUCGAAAGGUUUGCGGACGAUCGACACUUUUCCAAGCAUCUGGUCUGCAACGAGUGCGUGUGGGGCUGGGAUCUCGCGCUGCUCAAAACGCGCGUGCAGGAGCUAGUGCACAGUGUCGAAGUGCAAGCAAACGGAAACGCAACAUCCAGGCAGAACGAGGAAUUGGCGGUCGAGAUAGAUGUACAAGUGAUCGGACUGGACGACAUACGCGAGUAUCAUGUGGUUUGGGCUCCUAUCGCCUACGUCACCAAAACGUUGCCGACCGUAUUCAACUCGAGAGCGUCUCUCCUUAGCCUAGUGAUGCUGGUUAUCCUCUUUACAGGUACCGCAGCGGCAGGAAUCUUGACCAACACCCUCGUCUUCAUUGGCGCUCUGCUUCUCCUAUCCGCUUGGUCGACACUCACCUGGCUCGUCCGCACCCAAGAUGCAUGUAUACACGAUACCAUCGGUACAGCAUGGUGUCUCGCUCCGAGAUGGGUCAAACUCCAAGAUGCGGACCCGGACUGGGACCAUGAUCGCGCAGUGCAGAGUCUCAAAGCAGACACAGACAGUUCCGCGUUGCAAAACGUCAAGAGGGGAGUCGAGGAUGCAUGGUUCGUUCAGAGAGGAUUGCAUGCGGACGAAUGGCUACAGUCGCAGCGCGAGCGGUUGGUGCACUGGGUGAAAGAUCAGUAA